AUAGAGAGAGAGUUGAAAGGAUAUGUAAUAGGGAGAACCGCUUUAUCUUAAUAUUUUUGGUUUUACAGAAAGUCGUCUACUUCUUUAUAGAGAAAGAGAGAGAGAGAGAGAGAGAGAGAGUCUUUUUUUUUUAUCUCUCUUCAUUCUCUUCUCUUUUGUUGUUUCUUUGUUAGCAUUCAAUUCCAAUUCUUCUUUUUUGCUUUCUUUCCACACCUUUCUUCAUAACCGACCUCUCUUCCUCUCUCUCUCUCGCUCACACCCACACACACACAUAGAGAGUCUCGGUUAGAAUAUUUUUGUCUCUCUCUGCAGAUUAUGAGGGGUGUGACCAUAUGAGUAGUCUUUCAUAAAGAGAGAUAUAGUAGCUAAAGCUAUGCUAUGCGGUUGUGCCAUUAAUGGGGUUUCCGAGAGGUUUUAAAGUUGAGCAGAAAGAAGAAAGUAAUAAGCUUUUACCAACUCCUUUCAUGGCUUCCGGUAUUAAAGGAACCAACCAAACUACUUCCCCAGCACAACUCCAACACCAACAACACCACCAGAUGAUACAAGACCAUAACCAUCAUCAUCAUAAUCAAAAUCAAAAUCAAAAUCAAAAUCAAAAUCAUCAUCAGAUUCCUUACGGAAUUAUGCAAUCACCUUCUCCUUCUUCUUCAAUUCCUGCUGGAAACUUCAUAAGCAAAGACAGUACUGGAGGAGGUGCUUAUGAUUUAGGAGAGCUAGACCAAGCUCUUUUUUUUUAUCUUGAUGGACAUGACCCAUCAAAUGUUCAUGACCAAAGACAGAACACAGGAAUGCGGCCUCCGACUUUGAAUAUUUUCCCAUCUCAGCCUAUGCACGUAGAACCACCAUCAUCAACUAAAGGUAGUACGGGACUAGUUUCAUCACCAGCAAGCAGUGGUUCAAAGAGACCAUCAGAACCGUCCAUGGAGUUGGCCAACACACACAAUGAUGCUACUGCUACUACUGGCCCUCCUCAACCUGCCAAAUCUGUCAAGCGAGAUGGUAAUCGAAAAGGUCCAACAUCGAGUUCCGAGCAGGAAGGACCUAAAACCCCAGAUCCUAAGACAUUGAGGAGGCUUGCACAGAAUAGAGAGGCAGCUAGGAAAAGCAGGCUUAGAAAAAAGGCAUAUGUUCAGCAGUUAGAGUCAAGUAGGAUUAAGCUCAAUCAGUUGGAACAAGAGCUACAAAGGGCUAGAACCCAGGGUAUGUUUUUCGGUGGAGGAACUCUUUUAGCUGGAGAACAAGGCCUUCCUGUUAGUAUCAACAACGUAAGCUCAGAAGCAACGAUGUUUGAUAUGGAGUACGCAAGGUGGCUAGAAGAACACCACCGUCUAAUGUGCGAUCUUAGAGCAGCAGUGCAAGAGCAUCUUCCGGAGAACGAGCUUCGAAUCUUCGUCGAAAACUGCUUAGCGCACUAUGACCAAGUAAUGAAUCUAAAAGGAAUGGUGGCCAAAUCCGACGUUUUUCAUUUGGUUUCGGGCAUGUGGAAGACUCCCGCCGAGCGGUGUUUCAUGUGGAUGGGUGGAUUCAGACCCUCUGAGCUCAUCAAGGUAAUUCUGAACCAAAUAGAGCCACUAACGGAGCAGCAAAUAUUGGGUAUAUGUGGGUUGCAACAAUCAACACAGGAAGCAGAAGAGGCACUCUCCCAAGGUCUUGAAGCUCUCAACCAGUCUCUCUCAGACACCAUAACCUCCGACUCAUUAUGCUCUCCUUUUAACAUGGCUAACUACAUGGGCCAGAUGGCUGUAGCCAUGAACAAGCUCUCCACUCUUGAAGGUUUUGUUCGACAGGCUGAUAAUUUGAGGCAUCAGACGUUACACCGAUUGAAUCAAAUCCUGACGACACGACAAGCCGCGAGGUGUUUGCUAGCAAUUGCUGAAUAUUUCCAUCGUCUUCGAGCUCUCAGCUCUCUCUGGUUGGCUCGUCCUCGACAAGAAUGAUAAAAAAAGCCCUCUUGUAGCCAUUGCCAAAACCCCCAUCGCACCAAGCUUUUUUAAUAUCUUUAAUUUCUCUCUAUCUUAAUUAUGAUCCAUGGCAUAAUCUUCCCAUAUGUCUUUUUUACUUAUUUCCUACGUAGUUGUAUAGAUAGACCAAUUACAUAUAUACAGAAUAUAUUCCAAAGCAGUAGAGAUUUCUCUC